AUGCAUGUUAUUCAGACGCGCAGCAAAACCCGUCUUGAGGCCUUUCUGGCUAAGGCCGUCAUCGAAGUAGAGCGCCGCUGCUCCGAAGUCAGCAAAGCAUGGGACGCUUCAGUUGAGAAGAAAGAUCUCAUUAGACAGAUCGACGAAAAGGUCCUUAUCCAGGAAAGCAUAUUCAUUGACUCAGCGAUGUGUCUAGGUCUCGGCUCGUUGGAAUUAUAUCCAGAAAUCUAUGCCGAGUAUUAUGAUGUUGUGGAGGACAUGUGGACUUAUUGCGUCUACGAAAGUAAAAAGUUUAAACUUGAUGAAGUUUCUUUUCAGGAUCCGGCUUUUUCUAUGACCGAUGUAAAAUUCCUCGAAAAACGAGGCCAUCGAGUGCUUCCGUUCGAUUGGUACCAAACAAAAAUCUUAGAGUAUCAAGAAUAUGGAGAGGUGAUCAAAUUCGCAGGUCUGGACCAAAGCCUUCGUCCUCUAUUAUCCACCUCCACGAUGGUUUUUGCACCAUUCUUGCCAAGCCCAUGCCUGUACGAUCUCCUGCGCUGCAUCACAGACGAGAGGCCGUCAUUCAUUAAAGUAUCUUACCCCGCAGACGAUUUUGUAGAUUUCGUGACGACAUACGAGGACGAGUUGGAAGUAACAGCCCUUCUAGAUGCCGCCGAGUCCGAUUUCCGAUCGUUCCCACUCGUCUUAACAUGGCCUGCACUUACGAGUGAUAGAGACGCCAUGAUUCGAUUACAGAAUCGACGCCUUACGGUCGAGAAGGCGAAGGAGGAAAGAGUGCAAGGCAAAUUAGCCCCCGACUCUGAGAUAGAAUUAACAGACUCCGAAUCGUGCUCCUCUGGCCCAAAACAAACGUGGGUAGAUUCUACGGGGCCAGUGUGGUGGACUUAA